AUGAGACUCCACCUCAGCACCAAUCAGACGCCGACAUUCGCACCUUUCAGGUUAUGUGACAUAAUCAAUAUUAUGACGCGCCUUUUCAUGCGCUCUGCCCCAGUGCCACUUCUUGCAGGCUCGCGCGCAGAAACUCAUAACACUGGCAUCUCAUUACGUCAUAAUCCCGGUCGCAGAUUGCCAUUCACUUCCCCCCACCCCUGCAACGUGGCCAUCUUGGCCGUAUCUCCUCCGCCUUGUGUUACCGUCCGGUUUCGGUUUCGGUUAAACUCCUUUAACAAGCGCUGA